UCUAGCCUGGAUUUGAACAAAUUUAUACGUGAUGCGCUACAGCCAAAUGAAGAAUUUCAUCGUCUUUUUAAUGAUGCUUUUAAUUCAUUGUACAAAGAACUUCAGACAGACUUGCAGGGUACAGAGUAUGCAGUUCAUAACCUGAUUAAGGUUGGUGGUCAGACAGCCCCGCUCCCCGCCCUCGAAAAUUGGGUGGUUGAGAAAGACGCCGGGGAAAAAGUAUCGUUGUAGAUGUCGUUAAUUUUCAACAAUAUCCCUAUAAGAUACUGGAUGUCUUAAAAAGGACGUAGCAUACAAUAAAUGGGCGGCAGUUGAAAAUGUUUGCUUCUCCGAUAGUUUUUAAUACAUUCGAAGAUGCUAGCGAAUAGCGAAAUUUGAAAUACGGGUAAAUAACUACUACGACCCUUGUCAUGUCAGGGGCACCCAACGAGAAUAUACUGUCAAACCACUUAAACAUAGCAUUGUUAAACGCAUUUUACUAUUUAAACGGUAGAUAUAGGCAUAUUUUCAUCCCCUAAAAAUUUUUCAUCUGUUCGGAUUUCCUAGCUGAAAGUCUAGUGAUCCGAAAAUUAUAGGGAUCAAAACUUACCUUUUCGAAAAUUUCAGCCAGCAAAAAGGCUCCCGAAAAUUCUAGGUGACCUUUUUAGGGUAAAAAUCCGUUUUAAAUAGGCAAUUAUACCAUUAUUUAGAUGUUCGAAAAUCCUAGGAGAGGCAGGCAAGCAAGAAAUUUUACAACAAAUGUUUCGAAAAUUCUAGAUCUCAAAUCGUCUUCCGAACAGAUAUUUUCCGAAAAUUGUCGUUGGGUGCCCCUGUCAUGUUACAUGUAAACACUUCCGGAAAGUACAAGAUAAACUAAUUCGUUCCACUAAUACAUGUAUCGGUUCCCUCUCCUUCCCUCAAUAAUGUUUCGUGGGUUUGCUUGGGCAUAAACGUCUUCAAAAUCAAUAUUGAUGGGGAAGGGGAAAAGAAAUUCGCAAUUAUGACCGGAAUGUAGCUUUCAUGCCAAAUCGUUGCUUCUACCACUAAAAGUUAAGAUAAGCGUAUCCAAUACUUUUGCCCUGGAGUCCCCGGCCCUCUAGCUAGACCUAGGAUCACGAUUGUCGUGUGGUCUCGUCAGUGUAGCACGAAAGCGAUAAAAAAUGCUGUGAGUAGAUCCUACACGCCUACAUUGUCUUUGUAGGGUGGAUCCAUAGCAAAAGGCACUGCAAUAAAAAACGACGCCGACCUGGAUUGCGUGAUGGUCAUGAACAGCAUUGACGACGCUUCAGAGUUGAGAGAGAAACUACCCGCCAUCAAGCGUAAGCUUGAGUUAUGCUUGAGGGGCAGCAUUGGGGGCUCAUGGAAAUUGGCUUCUGAGCAGAAGGAAACGCGGUUCUCCCUGCAGUUUAGCAUGUCUCGUUACCCAGGGGAGUCUGUUGACGUUGAUCUCUUGCCAACAUUUGAAGCAAACGUACGGGACAUCGAUGGUACGUACGUAACCGGAAGAGGCUCAAUGUUGAGUUACUCAUAGAGUAGUUAGUGUACGGCUUCUUCAAUGAGAGGCCCCCUUGAAGAAAUCCCCAGUUAACUCAAUGUUCAUAACCAAACCUAACUUAAUUCAUCGGCAGCUGCUUUUUACCUUAUAAUUGUUCACCCGGUUUUCAAUAAGUCCCGAAAAUGUUCAAAAUCAGCUAAAGAUCUGUUUUGUUUUCCCUUUUUGGUCAAAGUAACAUGCGUUUCCAUUAUAUUUUAUCUUCAUCACUAAUACUUCUUUCAUAUCAUUCUGAAUUCUUUUUCUUUCAAAUUAAUUUGAAGAAACUCCGAAAAUUUUUCUGUCACUUGUAUAACCAACGCUGCACUGUGCUCACUUCAUUUCCUUUUCAUCUCAGUGUUUUCAUUUUUUUUUUGGACAAAAGACUGGUCUUAACUUUGUUGCAACAAAUUUUAAAUGAAUUGUUUAAAAACAAUUCCUUUAAUUUUGUUUGCCAUCAAUAUCUUCCAUUAGUUUGCUAACAACAGGAGCGAAAUUCGUCUCAUUAGUAAUGGGCUUGCACACACUCAAAUCCCUACGAGGGACAGUUGCUGAAAUCAAAUUCCCUGCAUUUGUAGGCAGUAGUCCCCUCAUCCCGACUAUAGAGUUUAACAUUUUAUAUGUAGGUGCAACAGACCUACAUAACCUUUGCGCACAUUAAACGACUUAAUAGGGUCGUUGGUCAACUGCUUUCAGUGUAGCUACAAAGAUGCAUAAUUUUGAGAAGUGAUUCAUCAGCGUUUAGUAAAAAUAAUUUUAUAUAAAUGUUGAAUCUAUUCAAUGUCUUAGAGCGGCAGAGGUUUUACAGAAACAUGCUUCACGACACAACCAACUGGCAAUAUUAUUCGGCUGCCCUUGUGUUGAUUCAAAGACACUUCGUCACGGAACGGCCUGCACUCGUAAAAGACCUGAUUCGAUUGGUGAAGUAUUGGCGCAAGACGUUCCUCCCAAAGAAAAGUGGUAAGCGCCUUCCGCCCUCUUAUCUACUGGAGCUUCUCACAAUACAUGCCUGGGAAAAUGCAAAUCGUCCAGAGAGAUUUGACGUGAAGAUUGGCUUUACAGCUGUUAUAGAAGCUCUAAAGAAUCACCAACGUCUUCGUGUUUCUUGGGGAGAUUACUACAGAGAGGAUUUAAUUCCAAGCAGGUACAUUCAUGGAGUUUUUAAAAUUAAUGUAACUAGGAUAAAGGAGCCGCUUUUUAAGUUCUCGAGGACAUAUUAACUGGUAUUCCCUUUUUACCUUAUUUUAAUCGGUUGGCCGAGUGGUUAGAGAGCUUGGAUUUGCAAUUCGGAGGCCCCGAGUUGACGUCGCUCUGACCACUAGCUGGAAUUAUUCACGGUAGUCCCGAGAUCAAAUCCUCGGCCAUGUUUGUAAAAUUUAAUAGCCAGCUGGGAUUCUUACCCCUGUUACAUGUAAGUUUGAUUUAAAAUAUUUGUUUCAGAUAUUUGCUCGCCCCCGCUAGCAUUAGUGCCAUAAACACUGCCGAGGGUAAAUAACGGAAUUAUUAUUAUUAUCAUUAUUAUUAUGGUUGUUAUUAGUUGCAAAAUCUAAUAGAAUGUCUCUCGAGGCAAGAAAUUCGAAACACGCUAAUUUAAAAAAUAUAGCAAUUAAACGAAUUUUCUUUUACUGGAGAAUUUUAUUUAUGGCAUAUUUUCGUUUUUUGCAUUACAGUCUUAAGCGUGGGCCAUAUAUCAUUGACCCAGCAAAUCCAACCAAAAACCUGUACGACGACGUUAACUGUUGGCCUGAGGUGAAAAGGGUUGCAGAAGAAACCACGCAGAAACCCCUUCUCAGAAAUGUGUGGGUUUCUGCUAACUGGAAAUGA